AUGAUGCCGGCCCUCCCCAGCGUCAAGCACCUUGCAAAAGGCUUGACCGUCCUGCUGGCCUCGCUAUCCCUCGCCAACCCAGUCACAGCGGGAGCCCUACCUCCUCGCUCAGACUCCAAGAGCUGCGGGAAUGGCAACGAUGCCGAACCCCCCCGCCGCAUCGGCUUCCUCCUCCCGCGCGCCUUCGACAUAAUCGACAUCUUCGGGCCCUUCGAGGUCUUCCAAGCCCUCUCCCGCAAGACCCACCUCGACAUGUUCAUGCUCGCGCGCACGCUCGAGCCGGUCAAGACGGAGCCCGUGGCCGCCUCCAUGAACCAGUUCAACUCGUCCUUCUACCCGACCUUCAACCCCACCCACACCUUCGCCGACAACCCGCCCCUCGACGUGCUCGUCGUCCCCGGCGGCGCUGCCGCCCGCAGCCCCGACCUGGGCCCCGAGAUCGAGUACAUCAAGAAGGUGUUCUCCUCGCUCAAGUACUUCAUCACCAUCUGCACCGGCGCCGGCAUCGCGGCGCAGUCGGGUGUGCUUGACGGCCACCGCGCGACCACCAACAAGGCCGCCUGGAACACUAUGACCCCGAUGGGGCCAAAGGUCAAGUGGGUCUCACCUGCCCGGUGGGUUGAGGACGGCAAGGUGUGGAGUUCGUCGGGCGUCACGGCCGGCAUUGAUCUCGCGUUUGAGUUUGUGAGGCAAAAGUACGAGAACGGCAGUGCCAUUGUCGAGUCCGUUUCUGGUAGCAUUGAGCAACACUGUUAUCACGGACUGGCGCGACGACCCCUGGGCUGCCAAGUUCAAUGUUCCCGUGACAAAUUACGGGGUUUUGUUGUAUACGGGGAGUAA